CUCAGUGUGCAUGUUGUCCUGAUUAUUAACGUCUGCUCGAAUAAACUGCAGCUUUCAUUACGAUGUUUUUAACAGUUAUGUUCCGUAUUUAUAUUUAACCCACGAAACAAACAAAAACCUUGUUGACAUUAAGACCAAAAGGGCUACAGAGUCAAACUACGAACCGACUGAGCGUUAUAAAAAGUUGAUAUUUAUUUUAAAUGUUUGCUGCUUUGAUAUCACUUCUUCGCCGAAAGUAUCAGCGUCUCCCACCGUGGCCGGAGGGUGAAGAAUAAAGCUCCAGGCUGAGUGAUAUUCUGUCUGACGGGACGUCUGUGGACGACGUAGCCGACCAAUCACAGCGGAGAGCCGAGCCGAAGCUUCACCUGCUGACCACUUCCUGUCAGCGGCCGCGGAGAGGACCGCCGUCGUUUUUUAAUCUAUAUUGAACUCAUGACGAGGGACUGGAGACUGUGUGUCAUGUUCACUGGCAGAUAGGUGCGUUUGUUUUUGGGACCCUCAGCAGGCGACAGAUAAGACAGACGGGAGGUCAUCGGGGUUCCUGUCGGCCAUGUUCCUCCACGCCGCCAUCUUUAAUCAAUGUCCUGAAAUCUGAGACUGAAGUAAAGCGAGCGAGGCUACGUUUGAUGAAGGGCUCCGCUGCCUGCUUGAUUUUUUUCUACACGUGUUGUUUGUGUAAAUAAAGUUUUCUCUUUUUGAAGCCGCCGCCAGUCGAUCAGCUGAUCAUGGCCGAGUCCAGCUCGGAGCCGACGGCAGCGGAUCUGCUGAUCCGACGCAACGAAGAGCAGCCGUCUCUCCCCGCGGAGAGCAUCUCCAAAGAACUCAUGGUAACCAUGACGACGGAGGGGUCAGAGGUGAGAACCGAAGUCCCGAGCAGCAACGGCACCGCCGACAGUCCUCUGCCCGCCAUCGUCCUGAAGGAAGAGGCUCCGCCCACGCCGCCAGAGUCAUCACCCCCGUCAUCCGAAAACGGAACUAUGAUGGCAGCCACCACAGAAGAAGAGUCUCUGUCCACUCUGCUCAGACACAUCAGGUCUGAAGGAGGCGUGGAGCGAGGAGGAGAGCCAGGUCUGGAUGUGGACCUGGAGGAAAGCUCCUCCGUGGCGACGGCGGGCGGCUCGGACGACCAGCGCGAGUCCACCGACUCGGCGUCCUUCUCCAUCCCCAGCCUGGAGCUGUCAGACGGGGUCACGGCCACAGGAAACUCCCUGGACGUGGAGGACGGCCUGUCCUCGUCCUACUCGGCUCUGGGUGUGGAGGGCUGCUCUCCGUCCACCGAGGUCCCCAGUCUGAAGGAGGACGAGGCGCUGCUGGAAGCUGCUGGAGGCGCUGUUGCUGCUCCUGCUGCCUCCGCCGCAGCUGCUGCCCCAGAGCCCGGGCCGUCCAUGCCAGCAUAUUACCUGGUGAAGUGGAUCACCUGGAAAGAGAAGAAGACACCCAUCAUCACUCAGAGUGAGAACGGACCCUGCCCCCUGCUGGCCAUCAUGAACACACUCUUCCUACGCUGGAAGGCUAAACUUCCUGCUCAGACUGAAGUCGUCACCACUGAGGACCUGAUGGCUCACCUGGGAGAGUGUGUGUUGUCUGUUACACCUCGAGAGAAAGCUGAUGGGAUGGAGCUGAACUUCCAACAGAACAUGAGUGAUGCGAUGGCGGUGCUGCCGAAGCUCUCCACAGGUCUGGAUGUGAACGUUCGUUUCACCGGUGUGACGGACUUCGAGUACACACCAGAGUGUAUCGUGUUUGACCUGCUGAACAUCCCGCUGUACCACGGCUGGCUGGUCGACCCGCAGAGUCCAGAGAUGGUGGCCGCUGUGGGGAAACUGAGUUACAACCAGCUGGUGGAGAAAAUCAUCGACUACAAACACUCUGCCGACAGCAGCCGAGUCAGUGAAGGUCUGGUGGCGGAACAGUUUCUGGAGUCGACGGCGACGCAGCUGUCGUAUCACGGUCUGUGUGAACUCAACACGACGGCUAAAGAAGGAGAAAUCUCUGUGUUCUUCAGAAACAACCACUUCAGUACCAUGAUCAAACACAAGGGUCACCUGUACCUGCUGGUGACGGAUCAGGGCUUCCUGCAGGAGGAGGGUUUGGUCUGGGAGUCUCUCCACAACGUCGAGGGAGACGGAAACUUCUGCGACUCCGACUUCAGACUGUGUCAUCCUCCUCAGAGAGCUCCGCCCACCGCCAACCUGCCGCCCACCGCCCAGGAGCAGCAGAGACAGAUCGACCAGGACUACCUGGUGGCGGUGUCCCUGCAGCAGCAGCAGGGCGGGGCCCCGGGGCCCCUCAGUGACCUGGAGUUGGCCCGACAGCUCCAACAGGAGGAAUACCAGCAGCAGCAGCAGCUCCAGCAGCAGCAGCAGCAGCAGCAGCAGCAGCAGGGAUCACUGCAGGCAGCACAGCAGGUCAGAGGUCAGGGGUCACAGCAGGGCGGAGCCAGGAGAAGAGACAAGGACUCAGACUGUGUCCUCUUAUAGACUUAUCAUCAUCAUCAUCAUCAUCAUCAUCAUCAUCCUCCUCACCUGUAACACACACACACACACACACACACACACACACACACAGAUGAAAGGCUGACGGUUGACCAGAAGAGGAAGUCGAGUCUCCUCAGAUGAGGAUGUGGUUUGUUGUACGAUGUUUGUGUGGAACAGAGGAAGUUGCCCCCCCCCCCCCCCCCCCCCCCCCCCAAACACACACACACACACACACACACACACACACACACACUCAGCCAGCUCGAUGCCAAACCCCCCAGUGCUUCAGUGCUUCAGUGCUUCAGUGCUUCGUGGAACAGCUGAUGAGACUCUCGUCUGUUUGUUCAGAAGGUUUCAGGUUUUGAGAAGUUUGUAAAUUUGGAGUCUGAUGAAACUAACGAGUCGCCCUUAAUUAAGACUUAUUAAUGGUUAACUGAAGCCUCACAGGUGAGUGAUCAGGUUCCUGUCGUCAGGUGGAAAUGUGUCUGUUACAGUCCAGUUAAGGAAAAGUCAUAAUAAACCAAAGUUAAUUAAAACUGAAUUCAUUGAACCAGAAGUCGUCACAGCUGCAGUCUCAUCAUCAUACAUAUUAUUAUUAUUAAUCAUUAAUCCUUCAGUAUCAAAUGUCUUCAGAUGACAUGUUUGGUAUUUAUUUGAUCUAUAAAAUAAGUUUACUGUCAGAUGAAGAUCCAACCUGACGACCGGAUAUAAUAAAUGAUCUAUAACUGAUUAAUGAACCAUUAAUAAACAGCUCUUAUAUAAAAGGGUGAAAGUGGAAACAAGACUUGAUGAAGAUCAGCUGGUGGAGAAUCCGUUAAUUUCAUCUGUAUUAUUUAACCUGAAUGACAUGAAAAGCUUCUUUUUUUAUUUUUCUGAUGGGACCAGUUUCACCAGACGUCACCUUACUGGAAUUAUUUCCUUUAUCCAGUAAAACUUUAACAUCACCAGUAAAUAAAUAUUCUGAUUAUGUGAAAAGUAUCAUUUAUAGUAAUAAUUAAUAAUAAUCAUUCUGACUCCCAUGUCUCGUCAUCCUGACUCACGUUUUUGAAUAAUUUUGCGUCGCCAUAGUUACCAACGUGAAUAAUUUCCUGUUUGGUGACAUCGUCUGGUGAAACUGAUCUCGUUCUAAUAAUCAAACUGAACUUUAAUAAACUUUCUUACAGUUGGUGAGUCAGAACUAAACUCAGAUUUUAGUUUCCAGGUUUUAACUGAUGCUGAAGAUGAGCUCUGCUGGUGAGGAUGAAGUUAAUCUGCCUUUUCAAAUCUUUCAAGUUUCACUUUUUACCUGUGAAUUUUUACCGUCGACCAAUAGAAAGCCGUCGUAGCUCAUUAGCUUUGUUGCUAAUAUCCAGUUUGAUUAAAUCUCCUUUAUUAAAGUAUAAACUGUUAGCAACAAAGCUAACAAGCUCGCUAAGAGACUUUUUUUUAAUCCUGAUGGGAAACUGAAGAAACUAACGACGACUUCACAUCUACAUCAGAACACCGACACAAUACAAUAAACAACAUAAACAACAUCAGAUCAAUAAACAUCUGAUCUCAGAGGGGAUCAAUAAGACGUGAUGUGUUCACUGCCAACGUUCGGUACGUUUCUGUACCCGCUCACGUGUUUGAUACCCGGUCGUCAUGGUGAUUGUUUUGUUGUUCACUGCAGAGCUUAUUUUCUUCAUUUUAUUCAAAACCUGAAGCAGAAUUUAUUUCUGUACGGAAGCCCGAAGCCGCCAGGAAAAAAAAAACAGUAAAUGUUCAAAAUGAAAUAAAAAGACUUUGAAUUAUCUGAUAAUCUUGAUUUUAGAGAAUCAGAAUUGUGACUCAUAUUAAUGACUUUGUAUUUAAUUUUCUCCUUAUAAGUAAAUAAUUUGACUAAUUAUCUCAUUUUGCCCAUUUUGUAUCUCAUCAUUUGGAUUUAUUAUUAAAUUUAGACUUUAUCUCGGAUCAUUUUUAACUCAUCAUUUCAUGUAUUUUUCUUUUUCCCGGCUUGUUUGGGCUUCCGUACGUGUUUAAAACUAAACAGUGGAAACAAUCUGGAGGAGGAGGAAGUUUCUGGAUCGACUCACAAACACGUCGUCACUACAUCCUUACGGUCAAAACACAAACGUAACUGAAAUCACCGUCUGGACUAAAACCUGGUUAACAGAUUGAAUGAAGUGUUCAGACGUUCCAACAGACUCAAACAGAAAGGUCUGAUUUAAAAUGACUCAUUUUAAGCCACAUUGGGUAAACUUGUGAAAGUCUUAAACUGUGUUCUCUAAUCAGAUGUUGCUGACGAACAUUUAGCACUUACAACUUUCCCAUCAUGCCUCUCUGAGUGGUCGGUGCGUUUGUUGUCGUCCGGUAUUUUUAAAACAGUUUUUUUUUCUUUGGUGUGUCUGCUGACAGCCGAGCUUCAGCCUGACUGUCUGACCAGCUGCCAUGCUCUCUGUUCACUUUGUAUUUAAUUUGUCAUGAUGUCAAAUUGUCAGUAAAAACAAAAUCUGAAUGAAUCA